GUGUUGGCAGAGUAUGCAUUGUCUUGUUUCACUUGUCCUUAAUUUGCUGAAAAAUAAAAGCCACGGCGCUACCAUAUAACGCUGGUUUCCUCUUCCCAAAUUCUCUAAAGAUCAUUGGUACUUCUUCCUUUUUCUUUCAUUUUCACUUCUACAUACAUAACUUAUAUCAAACUAACAGAGAUGGCUGAUUGGGGACCAGUGGUAAUAGCAGUGGUGCUAUUUGUGCUGUUGAGCCCUGGGCUUCUCUUUCAACUACCAGGAAACAGCAGGGCGGUAGAGUUUGCCAAUUUUCAGACAAGUGGACUCUCCAUUUUCAUACAUACUCUUCUCUUCUUUGGCUUCAUUACCAUCUUCCUUAUUGCCAUCGGUGUCCACAUUUACACCGGCUAGAAUUUACCAUCACCACAAACAUCCUCAAAUGCCAACUUUAUCUUAUUUUUCUUACGAGUUCUUUCAAGCUCCACUAUGUAUUCAUUUCGUAUGGGUCAAGGGUACACAAAGCACGAUCGGAGCCCUUUGGAAUCAGGCUCUGGCUGCUUGGAUGGUAGGCAGCCUAAUGGGUGUGACGACCUUUCUCCGAACGCGGCGUUAACGAAGGAUGCUUCAUGCAAUCGAGCUGUACUUCUUCUUUUUGUAGCUUAGAACAAAUCAUGGUCCAGAAGGCUUAAGAAUUACUAAAGCCCAAAAAAUACAUGUACGAAGUCAUACAUGCAUCUUUACAUUAAUUACUAAAUACAUAAACUGAUUGAAUCCACAUAUUUGGAAUAAAACAAAAUUGUUUAUUUA